GCGUCGCUCUGCGCUAGUGACUGGGCGCUGUGGUGGAGAAGGGCCAGCGCUGCGCGGCGUGACGUCACGUCAUCGGUCUGGUACGGGAAUGGCGUGUGAGCAUGAGGCGGCGCAGACAGAUGCUGGUAAAUUACUCGAAUACAGACGCUGGCUGGGCGAUGCCAUCACAGCAAAAGGAUUAUACUCCACAGCAGAUGACUAUGUAGAAAGCAGCAACACAGCAAAGAGAAGAACUAAUAUUACAGGAAAUGCUCAAACAAGCCAGGAUGAUAAGGUCGCACACUCAAGUGGAGAGGAGGCGGGCAUGAAUGGGUUUGUUCCUGUUGUAACACAAGAGGAAUUUUCCAGGACAAAGGAUGAAGAUGAUGAAGGACAGAGUGACACAUCGGAGGAUAUUUAUGAGGCUUGGUCCGCUUACAGAAGUCCUAACUGGGGAGGCAGCUUAUCUGAGGACGAUACAGAUUACAAUCUAAACUCCAGCUCAUCAGGGACACAGCCUUAUUAUCAGUAUGAGCAAGAAGACUGGGAUGCGGAGAUGCUGGCACUGGAAGAACCUUACGAUGAAGAAGACCUGGUUGAAAUUGCCUGUAAGGAGCACAUUAAUCUCUGUGGUUACAAGUCGGUGACUGAAGGGUCUUAUAACCCAAGUUUACAUCAUGUCCCUCCUUUGGAGUGGAGCAAUGUGAUUAAUCUCGGUGCAUUUAAUACUGAGUCUGGACAGUUUGAAGAUGCCGAACAGUAAUUAUCUUUCAUGGUGUGGUAUAUGAAUGAAGGUAAAUCCAGGCAUCCAACAGAGUCUGUACAAAGAGCUAUGCAUCUUAAGCCGUCACCUAAACACAUGUGGCCGACCACCUAACUUUUUCCAGGUCCUGUGGGCCUUGUUCCCAUUUGAGAUUCCACUGUUAGCCUUUGCCUGCCGUCGUUCCUUGUAAACCCAAAGUUAUAAUUUAAUCUGCCAGGUCUCACAUUUGUGAUGGGGAUCACACUUUCUUAACAACAAAGGUACCAGUGGUGUAAACCCUCUGUCUCUGGCCAUGAUGCUUUGUCUGCAAGUACUGGGAGAAUAUUUUUUUUUUUAAGUUCUAGUCGAGUAGACUAGUUUUACAAAGCAAUUGCCUAGAGUUUUUGUCAAUCUUUUUUUUUUAAAUGAAAUAUUUUAUUUGUUUUUAUAUUGUUAUCUGAUUAACAAAAUAUUGCAAGUGUUUGUUGUUUUUCAUUUCCAGAAGGUUGGGUUUGUGUUAGGUUUUAUUUUUUUCUGACAUAUUUAAAUCAUUUCGAUGUGUCCGCAACACCACUGCAUUUACUUUAAUGGUGACGCUGAAAAAAACAACUUGUUGCACACAUUAAAUCUUUAAUUUUAGGCAGAAUGCUGGUACAUAAAUAUGUUGCAUGAGUCUCAAAAAGGAACCUACACAUCCACAGUUUGUUAUUGCAAAAAAAAAAAAGUUUUUAUAAUCGGCAGCAAAAAAUCACAUAAAGUGCAUACAUGUCAAUAACUAGAGACAAGACCGAGAGCCAUAUUAAUACCUGUCAAGCAUGUCGGUGUGGUCAAUGUAAACAGCCUGUUGGUCUCUGGAAAGCAUCAUAUUGUCAACAGCCUUUUGCUCCUAAUGCACCUUCGUAUAUAUGAAAAUAUAUAUGUUGAAAUAUCUAUGAAUGUUUAUUUUCCAAAAAAGCAAAAGUCAGGUACACAUUGCUUUGUUUUCCACAUUCCUUAAUGCAGCCACACGGAAAGAAAUCUAAGGGGUCAAUCAUAUUCACUGUGAAUGGGGUAAGUUGUCAUUGCAGUGGCAAAGAAACCACCAAAACUCACUGCCUUUAAGCCCCAUCUCGCCCCUGACUCAGAUUUUUGUAUGCAGCACUGAGGAGCUGCAAACAAAAAUCUGUCAGUCCGGAGGUAUUGUAAGUACGGCAUACUGCCAUUCUUGCUCGCGCCGCAAGGAUUGACCCCUAAGAGCCAAAUUAUCCAUAUAUUGAGUCAUCUUCCAUCAAUUUUGCAUUAUAAUAAUUUGGAAGUACUGUGUUUUAUUAUGUAUGUUUUCCAGAUGCUCAUACCCCUUAACUCAGUCUCUUCGAUGGCUGGGAGGUAAGGUGUCAUUGACAUAAGGAACAUGUGCCACAGUUGCUUCAUUGUUGCUUUUUGUGACUAUUAAUUAAUUAAACAAAAGUAUUGUUGAGAAAAA